CAAAUUGGUCACUUCCUUCUUAGUAUCCGGUUCUUGUGACACUAACUAAACUACUUUAGAAACAAAAUAAACAUAUAUUUUGUUUGUUAUUAGAAGAAGGUAUUGAAUCCUAUCUACGUAAACAAUGAUGGGACAAGGAUAUCCAAGACAACUACAGCCGAAGAAAAAUCCAAUUUCUGAUGAUUACCGUUUGACAGGCUCUGUUCUGGGUCUAGGUAUAAAUGGAAAAGUUCAUGAAUGUUAUUCCAGGACGACUUCGAAAAAAUAUGCGCUAAAGGUUUUAAAAGAUGUACCCAAGGCAAGGCGAGAAGUAGAUUUGCAUGUGCGAGCUUGUAUAGGUUGUAACCACAUAGUUAAAAUACACGAUGUGUACGAGAACCAGUACUCUGGAACCAAAUGUCUUCUGGUUGUAAUGGAAUGCAUGGAAGGUGGAGAACUAUUCACACGCAUUCAAGAAAGAGCAGAUACAGCGUUCACAGAAAGAGAGGCAGCUGCUGUUAUUAGAGAUAUUGCCAAAGCUAUAUUUCACUUACAUUCCAUGGGUAUUGCACACAGAGACUUGAAGCCUGAAAAUUUGCUGUACUCUGACAAGACAGACAAAGGUAUUCUAAAACUCACAGACUUUGGCUUUGCUAAGGAGAUAGGUCUGCAGAAAUCUCUACAGACACCGUGCUAUACACCAUACUAUGUUGCUCCUGAAGUAUUGGGUCCCGAGAAAUAUGACAAGUCGUGUGAUAUGUGGUCUUUAGGUGUUAUAAUGUACAUAUUACUUUGUGGUUACCCACCUUUUUACAGCAAUCAUGGUGCUGCCAUUUCUCCUGGAAUGAAAAAGAGGAUACGAAAUGGACAAUAUGAGUUUCCUAACCCUGAGUGGAGUAGGGUCAGUCCAGAAGCUAAGGAUCUUAUCAAAGGGUUGUUAAAAACAGAUCCAGACAAAAGACUCACAAUAGAAGGAGUUAUGCAAAAUAAAUGGAUCAAUGAUAAUACUUUUGUGCCACCAACACCCUUAAUGUCUGCCAGGGUUUUAAAAGAAGAGGAGGAAGUAUGGAUGGAUGUCCAGGAAGAGAUGACCAAUGCUCUUGCCACAAUGCGGGUUGACUACGACCAGUGUGUAAACAUUAAGAACCUUCAGCAGUCUAACAACCCUCUGCUAAAAAAGCGAAUGAAACAGGGUCCUGAAGGUGCGGCAGCCAUGUAGAGACUGAUCACUCCCCACCAUGUCAUCUUUCUUCUUUCAUCGUGUACAAGUAGACCAUCUUUAUAAUCAGUAUACUCUUAGUCACACAUUUUGCUAUAUAAUUUUAUUUUUUUUAUAUGAAAAAAGUUUGUUUUUUUUAAUCAUGUUUGUGUUGCCGCAGAGAGAUGACAUUGAAAUUUGUCUGUUAUCUUCCAUUAAGUUUUAAAAUAUGUUUGUUCAUAUUCUGUUCAUAUACAAAAUGAAAUUUCAUAUUACUUUCUGUCAUGAUGUGAUAAAAGUUGUGUGUCCAAACAAAAUGUAGCUGUUACUGUCUGAUAAAACUUGAAACUGUUCUCAGACUGUUUGUGUAUUUAUUGUCACUAAGUUAUAUUACACUGCAUUUUAUUUCUAGUAGUGCUACAUUCAUUUUAGAAAAAAAAAGUUACUUGUAUACACACAGCAUAAAAUGUCAGUGAUUUUACGUUAAAGAGAAUAACAUGAUGGGUUCCAAAAAAAAAAAAAAAAAAUGAAAUUCUGAAAUUCUAUUUCUUAUGCUCAUGCAGGAAGCUGUUUAUGUUGUGGGCAGGAGUUAUAAGAGCAUCCCUUAUGGCUCUUUCGCAUCAUUUUGCAGUCUGUCGGUCUCGUCUUCUCAAUGACUCUGUAAAUGAAAGGCCAGUCGACAGGCUGAUGCCAGCCCAAUCUCUCUUUUGUCUUCCCCUCUCUUCCAUUUGUUGUCAUGCUCUCCAGGAUUAUGUGCCCUUUCAUUUUCAGUGAUCAUGUCAUCUAAGUUUAAAUUUUAACAAAUUUGGUAGUUUGGUCAUUUAUCUAGAAUGACAGUGCAGUGUCUAAGCUGGAUGCAUCUGAAAACAUUAUUUGAUUCUAAAUCUAAGUACAGGUAAUGUAGAAUUGGAAGUCAUCAUGAGAUGUUGAGCACAUUUUUGGGGGAGAAAAUUUACUAAGUAGGUUUUCUUAGGGAGUUUUCAUGGAAAAAUUGCAUUUGGCCUACUCUUUCACUCGUUGACUUGAUUCUAUUUGGUUUAUAUCAUACAUUAUCUAUUGAUUUAGAAAGAAUAUAACUGCAACAUUUUAGCUGAAAUAGGAAUCAUUUCAUAAUAAACAUUUUUCAUUUUUGGAAAUAAUUUUGUUGGGGGAAAUUAGUCAAUAACUGUGUAAUGAGACUUAUCUGUUUUGGGCAUCUAUUCUUCCCAUGUUGAUGUGGACUGCCAACAUUCAAUGUUUGUCUUAUCUUCCCUUUGAUUUCUCUUCUAUCAGUAGUUCUCUGUCAUCAGGACCAGCAUUAUAGUUUUCUUUUCUCUACUGUACUGAUAGGGUCAAGAAAAACUCUGCUUUACUUUGAAUGCAAUCUAAAUAAAUAGUCAUUUUUUUAUAAUUUGGGCAUUCAAUUAAGGAAGGUUUUAGUGAAGAGUCCUAUGAAGUUGAGAAAUUUGAAUUUAGGUCUUAGUUAAAUUACUUUAAAAAAUGUGCUUCUUGUGAGCGUUAAGUAAUAAUUAGUAUUUUGCUGAGUAGAAUGACCCAACUUGGUUUGUUUGAUUAUUAUUUUUUUUUUUUGUUUCAAUUCUUUGUUUUACUAGCUAAUUUUUAAAAAUGUUUUACAACUGUUUUUUUGAAACUCAAUAUCAUUUCUACUGUUUUCUAGAGAGAUACAAAUAAUUUUGUGCUUAAUUUUUGUUUCAGUGGAUUACUAGUUCUUUUUGUAAGUCAUUUAAAUUAAAUGUUUAAAAUGUUUAGACCUGCUAUUGAUUAGGUUUGUCUUGAGUAUGAACUAAUCUGCAUAUGCUAAUAUAAUAAUAGAAAGAAAGAUAUUGAAUGGGGUGCUUGUUACUGUUGAGGAAGCUAAAUCAAAUUGUUUUUUGUUUUUUUCUCUUUCCAAAUAAUUUAACGCAUCGAUGUAAAAUAAUCAUAUAUAUAUAUAUAUAUAUAAUACAACAGUAUUGUUUGGUGCCCAUUUAAUUUGUUGCAUUUCAUCCAAAUGUUCUUUGUUUAUUGUUUCCUCUCGAGGACUAAAUGCUAUGGUCAUGAUAUCAUCCCAACCUACUAACAAAUUUGCCUUAUAUUUAGUGUACAUUACUGUUGAAUGUCGGCUGAUAAAUAAAAAAUACAUGCUCA